AUGCCCGAAAUCAAAUCCCUACCUGAGGAAUUACAAAAAGUCGCCAUCGAGGAAUUGGGGGAGGUGCCAUCAAGAAUUGAUCAAUAUUUGGAAGAUUUCCGACGAUGGAUAGAACUGCAGCCGCAUAUAAAAACUCGCACCGAUGAUCAAUAUUUAAUACAAUUUCUGAGAGGCUCCAAAUAUAGUUUGGAAAAGGCCAAACAAAAACUAACCUAUACAUGUCUGAUAAAGACCAAAUUUCCGAAAAUGUUUCGUCUUACGAAUAUCGAUGAUAAAAUUUUUCGGGAAAUGGUUAGUGCGGGAUCCCUUCUACCUCUUCCCAUUCCCUUGUAUGGUAAUGGCCCCCGCAUUAUCUUGGAGCGAUUUGUAUACCCCAUCACCACCAAUUAUAAUAUUGAAAAUUAUGUACAACUCAUGUGUGCCUUACAUGAAGUACUGGCCUUUGAUGAUCCCCAUGCUGGGGUGUGUGGUCUCGUUUAUAUUAUGGAUUUUACAAAGCUACAAAAGGACCAUCUGGCAGGACUGACUAUAACCCUAUUGAAAUUUCUCAUAAGCCUUAAGGAGAAGGCUUUAGCAAUGCGCCUGCGAGCUAUUUAUUUGAUAAAUCUCAAACCCUAUGCUGAACAAAUUUUGAAAAUGGGCUUAUCCAUUAUGCCGGAAGCUUUGAAAAAGAAGAUGAUUGUUUGUGGCAAAGAUUUGAGUUCAUUACCCGAAAGUUUGCCUCUCAAAUAUUUACCUCGGGAUUAUGGUGGUGAAAAUGGUAGUCUGGAGGAGUUACGCGCAGAUCACAUCAACAUGUGGGAAAAAUAUCGGGAAUUUUUCGAAAUGAAUUCAUGUUUUGAUUUCAAUGAGAAGUUUUUUAUGGGUGAACCGAUUUGUGGUGAUGAGGUGCAAUUUGGUGCUGGUGGUUCGUUUCGGAAAAUUGAAGUAGAUUAA